AAUUUAGGGUACAGCUUGAAGAUAAGUAUGCUUCUCAGUUCAUAUAUUGAAUCACCAUCGUCGACGGCAUCGCCGGAGACGCCACAGCUGACGAUUCUCCGCCGCGCACCAGUUUACAUUUCCUCCCUUCCGUUCUGGUACUCCUCCGGUGUUCUCCUUCCGUAACUGUUCAUGAAUUUAUGAAGUAUGCCAUUAUUUCAAACAUUUUGUAGCAUUUGAUUUUGUCUCCUGUGCCUCGAUGCAUAAGCAUAAAUUACUCACCAGAAUCCAUUUUUCUAGUUCCCGCAAUUUCAAUCAGAAUGUAACCAGUGUUUCCGCAUGUGACGAUUUUUCAAAUGUGCACACAUAUUAUCAAAAAAUCAUAUCCAAUCCCAAAGAAUUAGCUAUUCUAGUAUCGAAGUGCUCGAAUUUGAAGCAACUACGCCAAUUUUUUGCCCAAAUUAUACAAAUCCGUUUUCUAGAACUGUAUCCGGCUUCCUUUCAUUACAAUAACAUCAGUAGAGCGUAUCUCCGGCUUCAAUCGCCUAGAGAAGCAUUGCUUGUUUAUAUUGCCAUGCGUCGUGCUGGCGUCUCACCUGAUGAAUUUACGCUUCCAAUUGUGUUGAAAGUGGCAAGUCGAAAUUUGGAUGUUGUGUUAGCGGGACAGGUUCAUGGAUUUUCUAUUAAGUAUGGAAUGAAGAAUGACAUGUAUUGUGUGAGUGGUUUGAUUAGCUCGUAUUCGAAAGGGGGAAAAUUUGAUAUGGCUCAGGAAGUGUUUUUUAGUAGUCCUGUAAGAAAGGUGGGGCAUUGGAAUGCUAUUAUAGCAGGGCUGUCGCAGGGAGGGCGUGGCAAGGAAGCACUGAAUAUGUUUGUAGAAAUGAUGAAAAGUGGGAUUUGCCCUGAUGAUAUGACUAUGGUUUGUGUGACUUCGGCGUGUGGGAGUUUGGGUGACUUGAAUUUGGCUCUUCAGUUGCACAAGUUUGUCUUUCAGGUGAAUAGAUUGGAAAAACAGGACGUUCUCACAAUGAAUUCCGUGAUUGAUAUGUAUGGAAAGUGUGGUCGGAUGGACUUGGCUUACAAGGUCUUUUGUGAUAUGGAGGAGAAGAAUGUGUCUUCAUGGACUUCCAUGAUUGUUGGUUAUGCUGCGCAUGGACAUGUGGAUGAUGCGCUUAAGUGCUUCAGUUGUAUGGUUGAAGCGGGCAUCACGCCUAAUCAUGUCACUUUUGUUGGAGUGUUGACUGCAUGUGUCCAUGGGGGUAUGGUGCAAGAAGGGAAAUAUUAUUUCAAAAUGAUGAAAGAUGGUUAUGGAAUUGAGCCAAUGCUGCCCCAUUAUGGGUGCAUGGUUGAUUUGCUUGGUCGGGCAGGUAUGCUGGAUGAGGCCAUCUUGAUGGUGGAGGGGAUGCCAUUGAAACCUAAUGCAGUCAUAUGGGGGUGCUUGAUGGGUGCUUGUGAGAAUUAUGGGAAUGUGAAACUAGGGGAACAUGUUGCUAAGCACUUGAUAGAGUUGGAGCCAGGGAAUUCCGGGGUAUAUGUGGUCUUGUCAAAUAUAUACGCCAAAAGAGGUAUGUGGAAAGAAUUAGAGAGAGUAAGAGAAAUUUUAAGGGAAAGAAAGCUGGCCAUAAAUCCUUCUUGUAGUGUGCUCAAGUGAUAAUCCAUUUAGUUUUUUUUAUUUUUCGCCGGAGGCAUUGUGGAUUUCAUUCAAUCACCUGAUCCUGAUAACAGUCCUUGGAUCUAGGAGUCGGGGAAGAAAUUACAGUUUAUUGGCGCUCCUAUACAACCUUGAGGCUUUUUCAUUGUUAUGGCCACCCAUUGAAACUACAGCAAAUUUCAAAAGAUUGCUUACAAGUUUUAAAUUACUACUUAGCUGGAUUCGGGCCUUAAACAAGGCUACUGAGUAUAAGUUGUUGGAUGAGUUUCAGAGGUGAUUGGAUUAAAAUAUGCUUACUCCAUUUUGACUGCUCUGGGGCAUUUCUAUAUGCUGUUGAGUUUAUGAUGAAAUCAAAUUGUUAAAUCUCUUGGAUUUCUCGUUGGCUUACCACUUUAUGUUUAUGCGGAGAUAGAACUCUGGAAGUCGUUGCAUAUUGCAAAUUCAAGGAUUUCGACAUUUUUUUUUCCAAAUCAGAACUACCUGGGCUCAGUAUUGCUUGGAUGUCUGAUGAUAGAACUGUGUAACGGCAGAUGCUUUGAUCUUUUAUUAUAAAUUUUUGGGAGUACUUCUUGGGAGGGCAUUAUUAGCCUUUCAGUGUUGUGCAUGAAAAGGUUUUUAUAGUAAUUAAUGUGCAAACUUCAUGAAAGUGAAGAAUGUUUCCAUUGAAAGCAUCUCCAUCC